AUGAACUAUCCAUCGCCUCGAACGCCAGGAUCCACUCCGGCGCACGACUGGGAAUAUUCUCGCAUGUCAUCGGCCACGCCGACUCCUUCUCCUCGACCGAAUUGGUUCGACUCGUCGACUCCCCGGCGUCCCGCGACUCGAGCGGCUCACACCAGAGCCAGCAGCUACUCGCAGCAUGGUGGCGGUGGCAGCACCCCCCGGACGCAUCUAGAGUCCCCGAGGUACAAUAGUUGUGGAGACUAUUGUACGGUAGAUGUGAGUUUCCAAGAUUUCCCGUCGUCUCGCCGGACCUCGGCCCAAUACCAGACUCCGCCCAGGCGCGAUCGCCGAAACUCGUACACCUAUGUCCGGGCUUCCACUCCCUAUGGAGAAUCCGACGAGGACGAGCUCAUCGAAGCUAUGGGGUUCACCUUGAAGAUACCUGCCCGGACCCGUUUCAAGAGCCGCCACACCGCGAACGCAACCAUGCACGAUUGGGGAUGGUACACUAAUCACGGCCUCCAUCCGCAGAGCUCACCGUAUUAUGCCGACCCUGCCUAUGCGCGGACCUCGCCUUAUGACUCACCUCAGCAGCCACCGCCGCAGGCACGUCCCCCGACCAGCCACGGCCAUGCGCGUCGCUCCUCCACCUCGGUCCCGCAGCGGCCAUCCACUGUGCGGCCGGGUGCCAGCGGCGGCCAACGCUCCAAACCACCGCCGGCCCCCGCCAAGGCUACCGAGGCUGAUGCCAAGAGGCAUCGAAUUCCCCAAGGCUAUCAGCUCAAAAACUGGGACCCAAACGAGGAGCCCAUUCUCCUGCUGGGCAGCGUGUUUGAUGCCAACAGCCUCGGCAAAUGGAUCUACGACUGGACCGUCUAUGCCCAAGGUGCCAGCAGCCCCAUUGCUGACAUGUCGGGUGAGCUUUGGCUGCUCCUGAUCCAGCUGGCUGGCAAAAUGAAGCGCGCAGUAGAGGUUGCCGGACGCGUCCGCAGUGCCGAAAACAGGGACAUCAUCAAUGACUUUAUAGAUUCGGGUGAGCGUCUGACGGACAAGCUACGCAGUCUUUUGAAAGCCUGUGAGUCGCCCAUGCUCAAAGCUGCCAAAAAGAAAGGAUCCGGCCUAGGCAAACACUCGGGCAUGGAGUUUGUCAACACCCUCUUUGGUCGCGAACGGGAGCUGGCCAAGACGGAAAAGUUUAUGCAGAAUGUCCGACUUUUCAACCUGCGAUUCGAUGCCAACUGCGAGGAGAUUGUCCAGAAUCCGACAAUCUAG